CCUUCACAAGCCUCUAUUUGUGUCAACUGUGGAGAUCGGAAGUGACACUUUCCGAGGUACUGAAGCCAAAAGUAAGAAGCAGGCAGAGAUGAAUGCUGCUGAAGUGGCUUACGAUGCUCUUACUAAAAUUCCUCCGGACAAGGGAGCCUUGGAGGUCUCAUCCAGCUUGGGAUCUACUGCUGCUCAUGAUUUUAAAGUGAAUGUGCAGCCCACCGUUGUACUCAAAGAUGAAAAUGAUGUGGAAAAUGAAGGUGAAAAACAAAAGCCAGAUAUGACAGGUCCAUCGAAUCAUAAUUCCUCACCUCACAGGGCAUCUUCACCUUCUACAUCCAUUGAGCAUUCGGUUGCCACUGAACCUGUUACUGACACGGACUCACCUCGUAGGAAAACUGUGGUUUUUGCGCGCAGCACUAACAUGCCAAUCCCUGAUGGUGCCAUUGUUAAGCCAUAUAGUGAUCGUCAAUGGGUCGCGUAUCAAGUGGGAAUGAAUACUAACUAAACGUGUCUACGUUUGUUUCUGCAUUGUCAAACAGAUGUUUAGUACUUAUUAGCUGAACUAUAGAUAAUUUAUGCUCAUUUUCUUUUUUCCUGUGCAAUUUAUCUUCAUAAACAGAUUUUAAUAGCCACUUGGAUUGUCCUUCCUAAUCCAAUAAGAACAGUACUGAAUUAA